AUGGUCAACGAGAAGAAAGAAGAAACACCUGUUAAGGAUACAAAAGUUGAGGAUAAGAACAAGGAUAAAAAUGGCAAGAAAGAAGAAGAAGAAGAAUUGUCUGAGGAAGAUCAACAGUUAAAGGCUGAAUUAGAGCUUAUGGUUGAAAGAUUACAGGAUGAAAACAACGAGCUCCAUCGUCCUGCACUUGAACAUCUACGUACAACCAUUCGUACUUCCACCAGUUCAAUGACAUCCGUACCAAAACCAUUGAAAUUUCUCAGCAAAUUCUAUCCUUCAUUAAGAAAACUUCACGAGUCUUGGGCAGAAUCUGCUGACAAGAGACUGUUUGCUGAUAUUUUAUCUGUGCUUUCCAUGAGCUAUGGUGAAGAAGGACAACGAGAAACGUUAAGAUACAGAUUUAUUGGAUCUACAGAUGAAGAUAUUGGCUCUUGGGGACAUGAAUACGUGAGACAUCUGUCAGCCGAAAUUAUACAAGAAUAUCAAGCACGCUUGGAAAACGAUCAAUCUACCAAAGAACUGAUUGACCUCGCUUUGGACAUUGUUCCAUUUUUUCUCAAGCAUAAUGCAGAAGCAGAUGCUGUUGAUCUUUUACUUGAAGUUGAGUCAAUUGAUCAGAUCAUUCGUUUUGUAGAUAAAAAUACAUAUGAACGCGUUUGUCUUUACAUGGUCAGCUGUGUUAAUUUAUUGGCUCCUCCUGAUGACCUCGAGUUCCUCCGAACUGCACGCACCAUUUACCGUCAACAAGAAAAGUAUGCUCAAGCACUUAAUUUGGCCAUCCGUAUCGGCAAUAUUGAUCUUAUUAAAGAAGACUUUGAACAAUGUCCUGAUCCUUUAGUAAAAAAACAAAUGGCAUUCCAGCUUGCACGUCAACAAAUCUACAUUGAAACAGACGAUGCAGAUCUUAACGCUUGCAUCAACAAUACAAAUCUCUCAAAAUAUUUCCUUUCUUUAGCUCGCGAAUUGGAUGUCAUGGAGCCAAAGGUGCCUGAAGAUAUCUACAAGAGUCAUUUGGAAAACCACAGAACUGCCUUUAGCAGUAAUAUUGAUUCUGCUCGCAAUAACUUGUCAUCCACCUUUGUUAAUGCCUUUGUAAAUGCAGCUUUUUGUAAGGAUAAGCUGAUGGGAACUGAGGAUGAAAAUGAUUCACCUUGGAUUUACAAGACGAAAGAACACGGCAUGACGAGUGCAACUGCAUCUUUAGGUCUUAUUUCUUUAUGGGAUAUUGAAGCUGGAUUAAGCACAAUCGAUAGAUAUAUGUACUCUACGGAUGACAACAUUAAGGCUGGUGCUUUGCUUGCUAUUGGUAUCUUGAAUACUGGCGUGCGUGAAGAAAGUGACCCUGCUUUGGCUUUGUUAUCCGAACAUUUAGAAAGUGGAAGUGUUGCAGUUAAACAGGCUGCUAUUUUUGGCCUUGGUCUUGCCUAUGCUGGCUCAUCUCGUCCUGAGCUCUCUGAUUUGCUUUUGCCCAUCGUUUCUGAUACUUCUUUAUCUAUGGAACUUUCUUCUAUGGCAGCCUUGUCUUUAGGUAUGAUCUUUGUUGGAUCUUGUGAUGGUGAAAUUACCAGCACGAUCUUACAAACCAUGAUGGAACGCGAGGAUCAAUACCUCAGGGAAUCCUGGUCACGUUUUAUGGCCUUGGGUUUGGGCCUUUUGUACCUUGGCAAACAAGAUGCUUCUGAAGCUACAUUAGAAACACUAAAGGCAAUCGAGCAUUCGCUUGGUAAGCAAGCUGAAGUAUUAGUGGAAGCCUUAUCAUAUGCUGGUACGGGUAAUGUGCUGAAGGUGCAAAAGAUGCUUCAUUUGUGUAAUGAUCACUUGGAUAAGGAGAAUGAAGAUGACACAUUCCAAGGAUUUGCUACACUUGGUGUUGCAUUGAUCGCCAUGGGUGAAGAGGUUGGCUCUGAAAUGUCCUUGCGUACAUUUAAUCAUUUGAUGCAUUAUGGUGAACCUACAAUCAGAAAAGCCGUUCCUUUAGCAUAUGGUCUUUUAUGCGCAUCCAAUCCCCAAGUUAGCAUUUUGGACACCCUCAGUAAAUAUUCACACGACAAUGAUGGUGAUGUGGCUAUUAGUGCCAUCUUUGCUAUGGGUCUUGUGGGUGCUGGUACCAACAAUGCUCGUCUGGCACAAAUGCUGCGACAACUGGCCAGCUUCUAUCACAAGGAUGCAUCAAGUCUGUUUAUGGUUCGCAUUGCUCAGGGCCUUUUGCAUAUGGCUAAGGGCACUAUGACAUUAAAUCCUUUCCACACUGAUCGACAAAUUAUGUCUCCUGUUGCCCUUGCGGGUUUAUUGACAAGUAUCAUCGCCUUUACUGAUCACAAGACAUACAUCUUUGGCAGAUAUCAUUAUUUGUUAUAUUCACUUGUAACAGCCAUGUAUCCUCGAUUCCUUAUCACGUUUGAUGAAUCACUUGAAAGCUUACCAGUAACUGUUCGUGUUGGCCAAGCAGUUGAUGUUGUUGGUCAAGCCGGCCGUCCCAAGACCAUUACUGGUUUCCAGACACAUUCUACACCUGUUCUUCUUGCUCACUCGGAGCGUGCUGAACUUGCUACAGAAGAAUAUUUACCUUUGGCGCCUGUCUUGGAAGGAAUUGUGUUGCUAAGAAAAAAUCCAGAAUACAUGGAAGAGGAUAAAGAGUAG